AAUAUUUAAAUUUGGAUCGCGCAUGCGCACAUUUGAAUCUGACAUUUGAGGUUAUGUAACAAUGUUGAAAACUCUCUCAAAACGGGGCUUGCAGCCCCAAAUUUUGAGACCCUUAUACGCAACCGACACUGUGCUGACCCGUGACAUAACCUCAAGUAAAAGAAGCUCCCAGUCCCACCCAGUCUUCAUCGAGAAGUCUCUCGAAGAGCCGGUCAUCGUCGUGUCCGAAAGCGACGACGUGGACCUCAUCGGGCCCCCCGACCCGCUCUCGAACCUGCGCCCCAUCAUCCGCAAAUGUCUCCGCGACGAGACGCCCCUCCAGCGCCAGUUGAGACAAAUGCAGGACGCGACGCAGGCCUGGAAUCAGGAGUUUUGGGCCAAACACAACACCAACUUUAUUAAAAAGCGGCAAGAGUUUGUGAAAUUGGGGCAAAGCACCGGCGAAACGCGACAGUUAACGGCGGAGGAAAUGAGCGGUUUUUACAAGAGUUUCCUCGACCAGAAUUGGGAGACUCAUCUCAACUACAACCUAGAGUGGUACAAACGCAAUUUUGCGCUACUUUUCUUAGCCUUUAGAGUGAGUUUAGAGAAAAAUUUAGCCAAGUUUAGGUAA